GACCGGGAGGCGCGAGCAGGGCGGUGCGGGCCAGAGGUGCUCUCCAGAUGUGAACCUGUAACCUGAAGACAUGACGCCGCUCACCUUCCGACCGCAGACAGGUGUGUUCAUGGAGUCCCACCUGGACCGGCUGCUGUCCUGUGUCCUGUCUCUGUCCCUGCUCAUACACCUGUGUCUGGCUGCACCGGGGCUCCCUGGGACACAAAGAGAGGACUCCGUAGAUGCCCAUCCCCCUUCGGCAGCACUACCCAAUCCCUUUGCCUCUGGAGAGGAGGAACGCAGGCUUCUGCAGAGUUUCAUUCAGGCCAAUUUAAAGAACGGCCAGGGAGGACCAGAGAUCAACACCUGGGAACAAGAGGUGUUCUUCCUGUUUGGCCUUUAUGACUAUGAUCGCAGUGGGUUGUUGGAUGGCUUGGAGAUGAUGAAGCUCCUGUCAGACUACAACUCCCACCGUGCACCUGGCGCACAGGCCAAUGAGCAGGUGGUGUCUAUGGUAGAUUUCUUACUCCAAACUCAGGAUCUAAACCAAGACGGACUGCUGGGCCCUUCUGAGCUGCUUUCUCCUCCAGUGGCUCACACACAGGACUCAGGCAACAACAGCGCACCUCACCCAGAGCAGGAGGUGGAGGAGAAGCUACCAAACACCGACGGGGAGAAUGCAGCCGCUGCGGAGCAACGAGUGGAGGAGACUCAUAACGAGAUUCAACCGCUAGCGGAACAAGAACCUCAGCAGGAAGUAAAGACAGAAGAAGAAGAAGCCAUACAGCAAAUAGAUGCACACGAGGGACAAGAACAGGAGCAGCAGCACCAAGUCCCUGUACAUCAGGGCCAACCGGAGAUAUAAAUGCACGUACACUUAUUAGAGAAACAACCACUGAAUCAGUCUGGUGUUCUUAAUCUUUAUCCUCACAAAUGUGUUUUGUCUGGAUCUGAAUUUUAAGAGUUCAUUUUAGUGGACUGUCAAGCAUGUAGCCGGUUUAAGAGAAGUUUGUGUUGAAAGCAUUACUGUCACUAUAUCGAAAUAUUCUGAUGAUUACUAAGAACUGUUAAAGGGGAAAAGUUGGGAAUUCAGAAUGCAAUAUUAUCCACUACACUAAAUCAGAAGCCAUCAUUUACAGACUUUUGAAUACUUUCUAAAUAUACUUUAUCGCUUUAAUUGUAUUAAUCUAGUUCCUGUCAUACCUGAGAAGUUGGACAUGCUGCUAAUGUACUUGGGUUUUAUUAUGUUGAGUCAUCGCUUAUACCUCGACUGGUUCGGUUUUUAUACCGUGGCGUCAUUUUUCUGGACAUUACCGGUACGCUUAUUGGAAUAUCAGCAGACAUUUUCACGUACACAUUGAUGGAUCAUCUUUGUCCCACUUUUAACGCACAUUUUCCAUUUAGCUCUUAUGCACAGGGAGCACACGAGGACUGUUAUGUAUUUAAACUGGUCUGAUUUCCGUCAGACCAGCUCAGCCAGUCUGCUGAAGCACUACAAUGUGCCACAGAAACAAAUCAUCUCCGAGAAUUUGCAUCUCCGAGUGCUUAAUGAGUUACAGCCUUCUUCCACCAGGCUUGUGACUGCAGAUUUUUUUCAUCUUUACGGUUUAGAAUUCCCCUGUUAAAAGUAAUAUGAUGUAAAAUCCAGUCUAUCUGCAAACUUGAAAUGUAUUUACAGUAUGAAAGGGUUUACUAUUUGUUGAGAUAUUUUGUUGACUUUGUUUUUUU